AUGGCAUUCACGAAGCCACCCCCCGCCGUGCAAGACACCCUCGUCACCUUUCCGCAGCCGCACGUUGUCCUCGUGACGCUCAACCGGCCGGGGGCCUUCAACGCGGUGCCGCGGGCGCAGCACCCGCAGCUCGCCGCGCUGUGGGCGUGGUACGAUAGCGAGCCGUCGCUGCGCUGCGCCGUGCUGACCGGCGCGGGCCGCGCCUUUUGCGCCGGCGCGGACCUCAAGGAGUGGAACACGGCCGCCGCCGCCGCUUCGUCUGGGCGCGACCCGUCGUGGGCCACGUCCGGCUUUGGCGGGCUCAGCAACCGCCGCGGCCACAAACCCGUCAUUGCCGCCGUCAACGGCGCGUGUCUCGGCGGCGGCAUGGAGAUGGUGCUCGCCGCCGACAUGGUGCUCGCCGCGCAAGCCGCCACGUUUGGCCUGCCCGAGGUGAGGGUCGGCGUCGUGGCCGUGGCUGGCGCGCUGCCGCGGCUUACGCGCAUCGUGGGCCGCCAGCGUGCCGCUGAGAUGGCGCUGCUGGGACGCACGUACGGCGCCGAGACGAUGCGCGACUGGGGCGUGGUGAAUCGUGUCGUGGCGUCCGACGCCGGCCGUGGGGUCGUGGACGAGGCGCUCGCGUGGGCGGCCGAGGUGGCCGGCAACUCGCCUGAUGCCGUCCUUGUGACGAGGGCUGGCCUGCUGGGCGGGUGGGACGCCGUUGAUCCGGUGAGGAGCACGCAGCAGAUUCAUGAUGGGAUUUAUCAGCAGCUCGAGGGCGGUGAGAACCAAAAGGAGGGCGUGCAGAGCUUUGUAGAAAAGAGGCGACCUGUCUGGAAGGAUAGCAAGCUGUAG